AUGAAUGCCGGGGGAGAAUUAACCGGGUCGACUCCAGAUAACAGCCAACAUUCGGGCGCAUCGGUCACGAUCAAAUCAAUGGACAGUGUGGCUGAACAGCGCGGAUCACAGACAGAAAGCUACGAAAUGGUCGAUACGGGCCGAAGCGAACCAGUAACGCUGACCGUGGAUGGUUUCGGUACGGUAAAGCAUCCCAAAACGGGUGCUACCGAGACGGUGAAACGGUUUACUUGGCAGAACACUAACGGUAUGUCGGUGCAGGUUAUAUCAUACGGGGCCAUUAUCACGGUAAUGAAGGUCCCGGAUCGCAACGGCCGCGUAGACGAUGUGGUGCUCGGUUUCGACGACAUACCCGGUUACCAGACGCCCAACAAUCCAUACUUUGGAGCAACCAUUGGGCGCAUUGCGAACCGUGUUGGAGGUGGCAAGUUUACGCUCAACGGGCAAGUGUACCAGGUGACGAAGAACUUUGAAAACCGGCACCAAUUGCAUGGUGGCAAGAUUGGGUUCGAUAAGUACAAUUGGGAUGCGUUCGUCGAUGGGACUGUGGUGACGCUUACUCACUCGUCCCCGGAUGGUGACGAAGGAUACCCUGGCGCAGUAAUGGUAAGCGUCCGAUACGAGCUAAAGGCUGACAACCGAUUCGAAGCCCUUUUCAAGGCAGUAUCAACAAAACCCACACCGAUUAAUCUAACCAACCACUCGUACUUUAACUUGGCGGGUCAUUCAACAGGCCAUGAGGAAAUCUAUCGCCAUGUUGUUAGCAUCAACGCAGAUAAGAUUACCGACACCGAUGCCGAUUCUAUACCAAGUGGUAAAUUCAUCUGCGUCGGUGGCACACCCUAUGAUUUGCGCAUACCGCGCGAACUUGGCCCAGCUAUGGCGAAAACUGUCGGUGAAGGAUUCGAUGAUAACUUCUGCAUCACCAAGGGUACCGAGCAGGGUCGAACUUUUAUCGCCCGUGUAAUUCAUCCGCAUAGUGGACGAGUGCUGGAGAUGUACACCGACCAGCCGGGUGUGCAAUUUUACACAAGCAACUUUAUGCCGGAUCCAAACAAAAAUAUUCGCCCAAAACAGGCAAACGCUCCGGAAUAUUAUGACGUAACUCGUCUCGAACCGGUCAUUCCCGAAGGUGUGGCCGAUCCUCCGAUUCGAGGGAAGGGUGGAGCGAAAUACUGCAAACACGGUGCAUUCUGUUUGGAAACACAAAAUUUUCCCGAUGCAAUCAAUCAUACCAACUUCCCAUCGGCUGUGUUAAACCCUGGGGCACUGUACGUGCAUGAGGUAGUAUAUAAAUUUGACGUGCUUCGUGACCAAUAG